CAACAAGUCUUACUAAUUAUAUCUAACAGUUGCCUAGUGCCACUCCCUGCGAGUUUAUUUACGUCUACAAAACAACGCGCCUCUACAAACGAAGAUGUUCAAAGGACCGAGAGAACAUCGUCCAGAAUUGGCUUCAUUGAGCAUGGUGUCGAAGGAUACUCGCAUGAAGCAGGAGCUCGGAUUCGAAUCUGAAGGUUCCGACGACGUUUCUGAUCACGAGACGAUGUCUGAAGGAGAAACCGAGCCCAACAGACAAGGGUACCAUGCGCAGUUGAAGGUUGAAGUUCAAGCUAUGCAACACCAACUUCAGAUGAAAGACAACGAGAGACGAGAACUAAUGGCAUCUUUGAAAGCAUCACAAAGUGAGCUGAUGAAAUGUCGGCGUGAAUUAAACAAAGAGAAGAAUGUCAAGUCAACACACAUGAAGGUACUGAAGAAAAGCCAUGCAGAUGCUGUGCAAGAUAAACAGAAACUGAUCAGUGAAUUGAGUGAUGUUGUGGAAGAGAAGGAAGGAAUUAUCGAGGAGCUCACAGCAAAGCUACAAGGAGGAGAAUUGAAGAUAAAGCGGGGGAAAGCAAAUAGUGUGAGACAAUUGGUUGAUCAGAUUAGCAAGCUUCAUGGAGAGAAGGCUGCAUUGAACGAGAAACUGAUAGUCAGUCAUCAGGAGUGUGACGGACUACAUCAAGAGUGUGAUAGACUACAUCAAGAGUGUGAUAGACUACGUCACGAGUCGCAAGAGUUUGAGAAGACUGAAAGCAGCACAAACAAACAUGUGGCAAAUGGAGUGAAAGUUGAGGUUUUGGAAGAAAGAGAUACUUUGAUUCGUGAAUUAGAGGAAGAAAACACGCUACUAAAGCAGCAGAUAGAAGAUCUAGAAGAAGCAGACCCAGACAUGGAAGAAAGCUUGAGCAAAAUGGAGGAUGAGGUACGAAUUUUGACGACAAAGCUGAAAGAAGCUCAAUUGGCACAGAAAGGACAAGAAGGAAUUCAAAGGGAGAAGGAAGAAAUCCGUCAGCAGCUGAAAGACAUGGAGGCAAGAGUUGUAAGGGCAGAAGAAGAAAGGAAGAAGAUGAAGGAGAACUGGGAAGAAGCAAGGGUUUACAUACAAAAGUUGGAGAGCAAAUUAGAUGUGAGCAGUGAUGAAGUCAAGAAUCUUCAGGUAGAAAUCUUAGAAUACAAGGCAACAACUGAGCAGCAAGGAAAGAAGCAAUCAGAUGUUACUGCUGAGAACAGCAGUCUCAGAGUUGCUCUCAGAAAGGAGUCAGAUCGAGCAACAAAUCUGAAUGCAGAGCUAUCGAAGAUGGCACAGCUUGUGUCUGGACAGAAGGCAGAACUGGAAACGUUGCAAAAAGAAGGGCGAAUGCUCAGACAACUGGUGGCAGACAAAGAGAAGCUGGAACAAGAAUUGGAGAAGACAAAGGAGCAGGUGAAUGUUGGAGAGAAGGCACUUGAACAGGCUAAGGAAACCAUCAGAGUUACAGAAGAGAAAGCCAGAGAUCAACUUGCUGCUGCCAAGGCAGAGCGUCAAGUAGCAGUAGACAGAGAAAAGAGAAGAGCUGAAAAUCAAAUGAAACAAUUACAGUCAACUGUUAAUUCAAUGUCAGUCAAGGUGAAAGAUUUCAAGAGAGAACUGGAUACUGGAAUGGUGACUUUUAAAGAAUUGAGGAUGAAACAUGAAGUGUUACAUGCAACCAUUACUCCAGCAAUACAAACAGUCCAAUCUAAGAUAUUAAAAGCGAUUGCUGAUGUUAAUGAAACAAACAAAGCUCUUGUUGCCAAGUAUAAGAAAGAAAUGCGCUUGAGGAAGCGUCUUCACAAUGAGAUCACUGAAAUGAAGGGCAACAUUCGAGUUUUUUGUCGAGUGCGUCCUACUAUAAGGGAAGAUGGUACAGGUCCCAUGGCUCAGCAUAUCGCCAGUUUUGACCAUGAUGAUGAUCAGCUGGUGCAUGUGAUGAGUCGUGGGUCCAUGAAGACUUUUGAGAUGGACCAUGUCUUUCAGCCAGAGUCAACUCAGCAGAGUGUUUUCAAUGAAGUCAAGGGGUUGAUAACAUCAUGUAUGGAUGGAUAUAAUGUCUGUAUUUUCGCUUAUGGUCAGACAGGAAGUGGGAAGACAUUCACUAUGGAGGGGUCAGAAACAAACCCAGGAGUUAACCCCCGAGCCUUAGACGAAUUGUUCCUCGUUGCAACAGAAAGGUCUCAUGAUUGGGAUUAUGCCAUAACAAUGUCCGUUCUUGAGAUCUACAACGAGCAGAUAAGAGAUCUCCUGGGAGAAGAUCCUGCGGCAAGGAUGGACAUCCGUCAGCAAACUGAUGGACGGAUAUUUGUGCCAGGACUUAACUGGGUGCAAGUGAAAUCAAGGAGUGAUGUGCAAGAGGUAUUUUCUCUUGGACGUGAGAAUAGAGCGACUGCUUGCACAAACAUGAAUGAACACAGCAGUCGUUCACAUGCUCUAUUAUGCGUCAAUGUCCAAGGAACAAACAAUACCACUGGUUCAAGGACAUCAGCAAGACUCAACCUAAUUGACCUUGCAGGCAGUGAACGAGUUAGCAAAAGUGGCACAGAAGGAGAGCGCCUCAAGGAGGCACAGAACAUCAACAAGUCACUUUCAUCACUUGGUGAUGUUAUACAUGCUUUGAGAGCAAAGGCAUCUCAUGUGCCUUUCAGAAAUUCAAAGCUCUCCUAUUUGCUCCAAGACUCACUCAGUGGGGACUCUAAGACACUAAUGAUAGUGCAAGUGUCGCCUGUUGAGAAGAAUUCCGGAGAGACAAUUUGCUCUCUGAGCUUUGCUGCUAGGGUUCGGAGCGUUGAGCUUGGACAAUCGAGCAGGACAUCAGACUCGGCAGAAAUUGCUGCUCUGAAAGAUCGCCUCCGACUGUAUGAGGAUCCAUCGGCUGUUUCUCAAGUGACUGGUUUGCCAAAACGAGGAUCAGGCAUUCCAAGUAGGAAGAAGUAAGCAGUUCAAGAAUAUCGAUUAUAGGUGUCACCCAUGGCAUUAUUAAGGCAGCACUUAGCUGUAACUAUUUUUGUACAUCUGUAAUGCACAGAUUCAGAUUUGGUGUAGAUGUUACGGUGAUGAAAUGUUUGGUAUUGAGAUUUUAUGUUGUAGCAAUUUGUAUUGACGUGAGGUAAAUUAUGCUCCCAAAUGUGGUGACACUUUGUUGAUUGCUAUCACUUUAUCAAAACCUUGAUAGGUGAUUUUGAGGGUCUCAGAGCUGCAGAGAAACAAUGCUGCUUCAU